GCAAUUGACGAGCGCAUCGCCAAAAUAUACGAGCAGUUCUUCCUGGACAUCAUCGAGGAAGCACCUAAUCCCAAAUCUGCGCGGGAGGGGUCAUACCUCAGCAUCCCCGCCUGUAUGCGCAGCGAGCUAGCACGACCAGAGCUACUGCAGACCGCAGAUCUUCCAUUCAAUAAAGCACAAUACUUGGUCUGCUCAAAAGAGCAGUGGACGUUGCACUUUAACCAUAUCUUUCCCGAAACUAUCGAGGAUGCCAAACGUCAGAACUUCGGAAGGUGCACCUAUUACACCAAUUACAUGGCUCUUGCUCGUGACAUAACGAAUAAAUCACUGUCCAGAGCCCGACAUGUGCUCAAGGUCGAAUUCGAUAAGCUGGCAUGGAUACCAUACACCCGGGCAGACCGUCUGUGGUCAUCGGGAAAAAUGUCCGGUUCCGGAUGGCAGAUGCUUCCUCGCGGGGCAAAUAGAGGAGGGCCGGCGGUUGCCAUCAACCCUCUGCGGCAGAGGGAAUCGGUCACCUUGCGCGUGUUUGAUCAGCCUGUGCAGGGCGACUCUGAGUUUGAG